AUGUCCACUUUCGAGCCUGUGGUCGUCAUUGACGGCAAGGGACAUCUCCUUGGUCGCCUCGCCAGCACCGUUGCGAAGCAACUUCUCAACGGCCAGAAGAUCGUCGUUGUGCGCUGCGAAGCCCUCAAUAUCUCUGGCGAAUUCUUCCGCGCCAAGCUGAAGUAUCAUGCCUAUCUUCGCAAGAUCACUCGUUACAAUCCGACACGAGGAGGCCCAUUCCAUUUCCGUGCCCCAUCCCGAAUUUUCUACAAGGCCGUUCGAGGCAUGAUCCCACACAAGACCCCCCGAGGUGCUGCCGCCAUGGAGCGAUUGAAGGUUUUCGAGGGUGUCCCACCACCAUAUGACAAGAAGAAGAGAGUUGUUGUCCCUCAAGCUCUCCGAAUUCUCAGACUGAAGCCCGGCCGCAAAUACUGCACAGUUGGACGUUUGAGUCAUGAGGUUGGCUGGAAAUACCAGGAUGUUGUUGCAAGACUCGAGGAGAGACGCAAGGCCAAGAGCUCCGCAUACUACGAGCGCAAGAAGGCUACCCGCAAACAACUUGCACAAGCCCAGCGAUCGGCCGCAGGUCAACAGGCGAAGGAGCAGUUGGCUUCUUUCGGUUACUAG